AUGGAUUCUUCUUCAACUUCCUCAGUUCCAAGCCAGAAUGUUACGACAAUUCAAGUGGACUCACAACCAAUAGAUUACAGUACAGUUACAUAUCUUCAAACAGUGAAAGAAGCAUCAAAAAUCCAAACAAGAUUAAAUUUUCUCGAAACAGCUUUAACAGAAAUGCUCGCUCAUGAGUCACAAUUAUAUAUCAAACUUGAAGAAACAGAUGGUAAGCUGCGUUGGAGAGCUGAAUGCGAGGAAAGAGUUAAUCCUGUUGAUCUUAAGUUUUUCCUUACGACACAGCAGGACGAAUUCUUUGCACCUGAAGUCGUUGGACAGGUGGAACCAAUAAUACGCGAAUUACAAAGAAUUAAAAACGACAUUUUAUUGCUUGAAAAUGAACAAAACACUUUAAGAGAAAAAUUACGAAAAAUAUUACCUAAUCUUAAGCCUCCGACUAAAUCUGAUAAGAAAGGUGGCAAUAGAUCAACUCCUAAGAAAUAA